AAGAAGGUUUCAGGACGUAUGUGGCAGACCUCACUUCUCCCAAGAGUCCUGUCCAUCUUAAGUCUGUACAAAUUUAAAAGUGCCCAAUAUUUUUGGAUGACCAGGGUCCAGCUGGAUUUAUGUCAGUUAUAGCAUCCGAGGAAGGAGACUCCGCCAGGACAUUUGGGUGGACAGAGAUCCGGGACACUGAAGUAUUCUUUACCUUUCUUCAGCUGCAUUGAUUAUCUACGUGGCAUUUUGAACCUUCUGUUGGGAUGAAAAUAUAGAAGCUUUUGUUUUCUAUCAGAGAUAGUUUGAUGCUGAAAACAUCUCUGAAUCAGUAAACAAACCAUCCAAAACCAGUAUCUCAGCAUGCCUAUUAGCAAGGAACAGAUUCCAGUGCUGCCCUCUAUGCCAAAACAAGAGGACAAAAUGACCAAUGAGAGCCCUCCCAUAGUACUUGUCAGCAAGGACAAUACUGAGCUCCUUGAACUAAAAGGCAGACGCUAUAUGGUAGACCAUUCAAAGCGGCUUCCCAAACCUUUACCACGUGAUUUCAUCCCAGAAGAGAUCUUUGUUGCUCUGACCUCUGCUGCAAAUCCUGUCCCAUGCCCCACUUUCUUAAGACCUCCCAAGAAAAUAAAAAGUAUGAAAGACUUUCAGGGUUGCAUCCGCACUGCUGAUGGAGUUUGGCAACAUCCUCUUCGCAGAAACAAGUUUCGAUACCUGAUACAGCAUCCCAUCUCCCUGACAGGAGCAGGAAGGGAUGUCUCUUUUCUGUAUGAUAUUGCUGAAAAAGAAGAAAAGAAUCCUCCCCCAUCGCCUGAAGCUAAGCCUUUGACGCGUGAUGACCGUACCAUUAAACCUUUACCAAAUGUAGCAGAUACUCUUGUGCCAGAGGAAUUUCAUAUUGUAAAGAACAGAGGUGUCCUGGGCUUGGAGUAUUAUGAUGAUAAGUACACAACUCUACUUGAAGAUGAAGAAAACAGGCUACGGGUUUUUCCCUCCAUGAAACCAUCUGGGAGGCUGGAGGUCCUCCAGUUGAUGAAGGUGAUGGAUACCAUGUUAGAAAAGGCUGGAACAGAUAAUGAGGAUAUUGGGGUGACAGGGCUUUCACAGAUGCAUAAUGUCCUAGAAGUGCUGAAGGUGGAACAGAACAUCUACAACAUAGUGUUUCAUGAAAUAAUCCGACAAGUCAGUGUGGAGUGUGCAGAACGAGGGGAGCUUCUUUCCAAGCUCAGACAAAGAUAUGUUGAGUUGCUGGAACGGAUUCCCAGACAGAUGAAGAAUCUAUACAAAGAAAUGAUGGCACAGAGGGUGAUGGACAAACACAUCACAGAUGAGUUAUUUCAUUUCAAGGAGGCAAUAGGACAGUUGACAAGGGAGCUGAAUACUGUUCGGGAGCAUGACCACAGAGCAACUUUUGAAGCUGAAAAAGCCUAUGAGGAGCUGGCAAAGGCCAUAUGGGAUUCUGAGAUGAAUGCAAACCUUUUGGAUGAAUAUCGUCAACUGUAUGAAUUGCAGAGAGCAAGACUUGAGGCUCAGAUUCAACAGCUAACCCACGAAAAAGAGCUAUGGAGCAAUGCUACAUAUGAAUUGGCUCUCAAGGUGAUUGAAAAGAAUAAGCUGAUCUUGGCUCGCAGAAUGUACAGCAGUGAAAAAGCUUGGCUUAAAGGCAUGAGGCACUUCACAUUGCUUAUGGAAUCACAGGAUGCCAUUGAUCUUACAACUCUACAACAGUUGACACAGGAGUUUCGGGAGCUCUUGAGCCAAAUUGGCAUAGAAGUGCAGCAGACUGAAGAAACUAGUAGGGAGAGGGCAAGAAGUAUUCAGAAUGGUUUGGAUGGAUGGCUCAAUUACUUCAACAAUCACAUUCUUGGAAAAGGAAGUUACACUUUGACAAAGGCAGUCACUUUGCUGGAUCAAAUCCUUGUGGAUCUCAAAGCCUGGGAAAAGAUACUGACUGAGGAAUUGGCAUUAUAUGGAGGAGAUAUGCUUCUAGUGAGACAAGAGCCCCUCAAAACAGCUGCCACUCGACAAAAACAGUGGGUGGACUUGGGAUUUGCUGUGCUUGGCCGCCACAGAGAUUUCAAUGGCAAGAUGCCUCCAGAGCUGAAAUUGUUGGAGGAAAUCAACAAAAAAUCCAGCACUCUCUGUGAACAAUAUCGCAGGAGGAUUGGUGGGGAGAAUGGGUCAGCCAGGAUUUUAAUAAGUUUACUUCACAGUUUGGAGGACUGGAGUUUUAAGCUACUAGCUGGCAAGCAGAAGGGUGGAUUCCAUGAAACUGACUGGAUUAAAUUUUUCCAAAGUGUUUCUGAAUGGUUGGUCCAGAUAGAUGAUCUGUUUAAAUUGAUUGGUACCUAUGAGACACCAGAGGAACGAAAGUUUAGAACACUUAAGGCUUCACCGGUACCACCAGAAGAAUUGUUCAAAAAGAUUCAACAGUGGAUCCUGACAACAACUAGUGGUUCUGAAAAAGAAAUUGUUCAGCUCACACAAGAAACAACUGACUUCCACAAUGUUCUGAGCAAGUGGAUGGUGAGCCUGCUGAUUCACAUGGUGCCAGAGUUCAUUUCUCACAAUACUCUCCCCUUGACUGAAGCAGAAAUUGCAAGGCAGGCAGAACAGAAGAUGCUGAACCUUUUCAAUUUGGAAGUAGAAGCUAAGAGUCUGGCUGCAAAGUUGAGCAAAUUUUCCUGUUAUAUAGUCAGCUGUUGCAAAGAGAUGGUUGCUUCAAUAACACGCAAGAAAAGGGCCGCUUUUGAACCAGAUGCAGACCAGGAGCUGCAACAGUUGGAGAAGAUCAAAACAGAGUGCCUGGAUUGGAUUGAAACCUGCAAUCUUCUUCUCUCUGGAAUGAAGACUUCUCCCACUACCUUAGUCAGUCAAGAAGAACUGAUCAACCUGUUUGGGUUAGAGGUAGUUCAGCAAAAACGUCAGCUGCCACCAAGGCCAGAAACUUACCUAGAGAGCUCCUUCCACGUUCAAACAGAACAGGCUCCAAAGGAAGAUAAGAAAGAUAAAGAAGCUGGUUCUGAGAAAGAAAUGGAAAAGCCAGAAGCACUGGAAUCAGAGGAGACCCCCUCUAUGCCCAGCACAAGCAUUGCUGUCCAAACUGAAGGGGUUGAGAUCAUUCACCCAGUCAGAUACAUUGGUGAUGAUGCUAAUGUGCACACCAGGCCUCUGAAUGUGGCAGAAAUCACAGUCUCAGGGCGGGAGUUGUAUGCCAGCCAAUGGACCAAUGAAUUCUCAAAAAGGGAAUUUGAGAUGCUGGCUUCACUGGAAAUUCUGGAAGAACGGCUUUUAGAGGCUGAAAAGCGGGCACAGCAAGCUGAGGAAAAAUCUGAAGCCCUUCAUGAGGAGUUGGAAGAGGCUCUGACAAAAAUCCAUGAUAUGGAGGGUGAGGAACAAAACCUGAAGGAGGAAGAGGAACCAGAGCCUGAACUAGAAGUCCCUUCUAAGAAAAAGCUUGAUACAUCUUUACGGCCUGGUUCUACUAAAACGAGCACACGUGUUAAGAAAUCCACCAAACCUAAACGCUGAUGAGGAGGAUUAGAAGCAAACCUUUGACUCUUAUGCAUAGCACAAUAUGUGGGUUGUAAAUCUCUGGAGUUCAACUACCUAACAAGUUCUGUAUCAGUAAAUACAUGGACAGGAAUUGACUGAA